AUAUCAUUUUCUCCUCCCUCCCCAUUCCCUACCCAUCAUCUCUAAUCAUCUUCCCCCACAGAAAAUAAAAAAGCCGUCUACUUUCGCCCACCGGAAACCUAUGGAGACGGCCGCCCGCCGUUAUCCCUUCCCAUUUUAAUUAAACUCCCUUCUUCCACUUCCUGCAACACACAACCAUACCCUACACCUACCAAUACACGAUGGGCACCGAAAAUGAACUUUCGCCGCCGGCGACUCCCACCGCCGGCGAUGAUUCGGUCCGCAAAGUACUAUUCGGCAAAUACGAGAUGGGCCGACUAUUAGGUCAAGGCACCUUCGCCAAAGUAUACCACGGCCGGGAUCUCCGCUCCGAGGAGAGCGUGGCCAUUAAAGUCAUCAACAAGGACCAGAUCCGGCGAGAGUCCUGUUUGUGCGCUCAGAUUCAGCGCGAGAUCUCCGUCAUGAGACUUGUGGUUCACCCCAACGUCGUGGAGCUGAAGGAGGUAAUGGCCACCCGAUCUCGCAUCUUCGUUGUAAUGGAGUUUGUCCGCGGUGGCGAGCUAUUCUCUCUCGUCGAGCGCGGCCGCCUUACCGAAGAUCUCGCCCGUCGAUAUUUCCGGCAGCUGAUUUACGCCGUUGAUUUCUGUCACUCGCGCGGCGUCCGUGAUCUGAAGCCGGAGAACCUCCUCGUCGACCAAUCUGGGAAUCUCAAGGUCUCCGAUUUUGGACUCUCUGCUCUUCCAGAUCAGCUCCAGAACGACGGUCUUCUGCAUACGCAAUGUGGUACGCCGGCGUACGUCGCGCCGGAGGUUCUCCGGAGCCGUGGAUACGACGGUGAUCGGGCUGACAUAUGGUCAUGCGGCGUCAUCCUCUUCGUGCUCCUAGCAGGAUUUCUCCCUUUUCAGCAUGAGAAUCUUCUGCGAAUGUACAGCAAGGUCUUCCGAGCGGACUACAAGAUCCCGCCGUGGUUUUCCACUGAAGCUCGCCGGCUGAUUUCGCGACUCCUAGUCGCUGAUCCGAAGGAUCGGAUUUCGAUUCCUGAAAUCCUCCGCCACAACUGGCUCAGCUGCGCCGAUUCCCCUUCUCCGAUCUCAAUUACACCGCCAAUUUUACCUCAGGCGAAGGAAUCGGAUUCCGAUGGGAAGGAAUUAAGCGAUUCGCCGAGAUUCUACAACGCAUUUGAGUUGAUCUCGGCGAUGGCGGAUGGGUUCGAUUUGUCUGCAAUGUUCGAGAGGGAUGGGAGAAGGAGGAGGAAGGGGACGAUGUUCACGUCGCGGCGAACACCUGCGGCGAUCGUGGUUGCGUUGGAGAGUGCCGGGCAGGGGCUAGGGUUUGAGGUAGAGAGGGGGGAGUUUAAGGCGAAGAUGGAAGGUAGAGAGGAGGGGAGGAUGGGAAAGUUGUCGAUUACGGCGGAGGUGUUUGAAGUGGCGGCGGGCCUCGCCGUCGUCGAGUUUUCGAAGAACUCCGGCGAUCGUCUAGAGUAUGAUAAGUUUUGUGAGGAGGAUGUGCGCCCAGGAUUGAAGGAUGUGGUGUGGAUCUGGGCCGGGAGAUGAGUGGCCCGGUGAUAUCGUUAAGUUUUUUGGGCUAAUCGGAUGCUGUAAAUAUUGCCGCGUGUGUCCAGUGGGACCUGUGGGUUGAAAGGGAUUCUGACUUCUUCUGUAAAUGUUGUCUUCUUCUUGUGAUAGUUGUGAUGACUGAAGUAAAGUACAAAAGUUGCAUGGGUCCGAGGAAUGACUGUAGCUUGGGAAAAACUAUUAAAUGCAGUGCUCCGGAUAUAUCUAUAAUAAUAAUGUAUAUUGUUGUGGAUACAUUGCAUAAUAUUGUACAGUAAUAUUAUACAUGGAGUUAUUCGAAAACAUCAUAUUUUCUAACAAGACACUCCUUCGGCUAUGCAAGACCGUCCAAAUAUGU